AAAGUUUCUGGCAUCAGAUCCGGACAAAAGAGCUAAGCUCGAUAGUUAUUUUGGAAUGCAUAAGCCUCAAGAACUUAUUCAUAAAGCAAAAAGAGGAGAAAUAAAAUUUCUAGAAAAUAAAGUCACAAUUAGUUUACCAACUAAAAUAAAUGAACAUGCAAUUUAUUCCAGUCGACUAUUAACACCAUUAAUUAGUAAAGCGUUGACUUUACAAAGUAUGAAACUAAAUAGCAAUGGAAUUACAG